CGCCGCCGGUGGCUCAGUGCGCUGCUGCGCUCGGGCGGGCAAGGCGCGCGCUGGCGGCGGCGGGAGCAGCCGCGUCAGGCAGCGGGGCUCUUCCUCUCAGGUCAUGCUCGCGGGCCUGUACACGGCACUGGCGGGGCUGCUGCUCCUGCCGCUGCUGGUGACCCUGGCGUGCCCCUACUUCUUCCAGGACCUGAGCUUCUUCGUGCGGCUGGUGCGCGUGGCGCGGCGGGCGCGCCGAGGCGCGGCUCGCGUCCCGCCGCGCACCCUGCUGGAGGUGUUCGGGCGGCGGGCGCGCCGGACGCCGCGCAAGGCCAUGCUGCUCUUCAGGGACGAGGUCUACACCUACGAGCAGGUGGAGCAGCGCAGCAACCAGGCGGCGCGGGCGCUGCGGGAGCACGCCGGGCUGCGGCAGGGCGACGGCGUGGCGCUCUUCCUGGGCAACGAGCCCGCCUACGUGUGGCUGUGGCUGGGCUGCGCCAAGGUGGGCUGCGCCCUGGCCUGCCUCAACUGCAACAUCCGGGCCAGGUCCCUGGUGCAUUGCUUCCAGUGCAGCGGGGCCAAGGUGCUGCUGGCCGACCCAGAAUUGAAGGCUGCCAUUGAAGAAAUACUGCCAAUCCUGAAGGAAGAAAAUGUGGCCGUCUAUUACCUGAGCAGGACGUCUGACACAGAAGGGGUUGACAGCUUUCUUGACAAAAUGGACGCAGCUUCCGAUGAGCCUGUUCCCGUGUCUUGGAGAUCAGAUGUCACUUUUAAAAGCCCUGCCAUGUAUAUUUAUACCUCUGGGACUACAGGUCUCCCCAAAGCUGCGGUGAUCACCCAUGAACGCACAGUCUUAGCUUGUGGCCUGAUUAUUGCCAGCGGUGUUACUUCUGAGGAUGUGAUCUACACUGCUCUGCCAAUGUACCACAGCGCUGCUCUUUUAAUUGGUGUCCAUGGCUGUAUCAUGCAAGGCGCCACUCUAGCCUUGCGCUCCAAAUUCUCCGCUAGCCAGUUUUGGGAUGACUGCAGAAAAUACAACGUGACAGUCAUACAGUAUAUUGGGGAAGUGCUUCGUUAUUUAUGCAACGUGCCCAAGAAAGACAAUGAUCGUCUUCAUAGAGUUCGGCUCGCCUUGGGCAAUGGUUUAAGGGCCGACGUUUGGAGGGAAUUUAUCAGGAGGUUUGGAGACAUACGCAUUUUUGAGUUCUAUGCUGCAACCGAAGGCAACAUUGGUUUUGUGAACUAUACUGGCAAAAUUGGAGCUGUGGGAAGAUUAAACUAUUUCCACAAGAAAAUAAUGCGCUAUGACCUGAUUAAAUACGACGUUGAGAAAGAUGAGCCCGUCCGAGAUGAAAAUGGCUACUGUAUAAAAGUUCCCAAAGGUGAAGUGGGACUCUUGAUUUGCAAAAUCACCCGGUUUGCUCCAUUCACUGGCUAUGCGGGGGCAAAAAGCCAAACAGAGAAGAAGAAGCUAAGAGACGUUUUCCAGAAAGGGGAUUUGUACUUCAACAGCGGUGAUCUUCUCAUGAUUGACCAUGACAACUUCAUCUACUUCCAUGACAGAGUUGGAGACACAUUUCGAUGGAAAGGAGAAAAUGUGGCUACAACCGAAGUUGCUGAUAUUUUAGGACUGAUCGACUUCAUUCAAGAAGUGAACGUGUACGGUGUGCCUGUGUCAGGUCAUGAGGGCAGAAUAGGCAUGGCAUCCAUUCGACUAAUGGACGGCAGCGAGUUCGUUGGGGAGAGAGUCUACAAGCAUGUUGCGGACUACCUGCCAGUUUAUGCGAGGCCUCGUUUUGUGAGGAUUCAGGAUGCCAUUGAGAUCACAGGAACGUUUAAAUACCGGAAGGUGCAGUUAGCGCAAGAAGGAUUCAACCCAGCAGCUAUCAAGGACACCCUGUAUUUCCUGGAUGACAAAGCAAAGUCAUAUGUGCCCCUGACUGAAGAUGUUUAUAACUUGAUAAGUAGCAAUAGCUUAAAGCUAUAAUGCACCCAAAUUAGUUGUUGUUUCUAAAACCAAGAAUCUGUUUUUAAAUAGUUUUAGAAAGAAACAUUGAUUUGAAAGUGAUCCCAUGUUUAUAUCUGGAAUUUGAAAUGCCAUUGUGGUGUCUGGGAUUUUUUAAAACGAAUUUUUGUGUGUGAUGAUACUGAAGGCCUUUUGUAACAAAGUAUUUCCAGUAUCUCCCUACACUAUUCUCUUGUUGCUUUAGUUACUGCUUAUUGCACUGCCAUUUUUGGAAGGAACAUAGGAAACUGCCAUAUACUGAAUCAGACCAUUGGUCCAUCUAGCUCAGUAUUGUCUACACAGACUGGCAGCAGCUUCCCCAAGGUUGCAGGCAGGCCUAUCUUGGAGAUUCCAGGGAGGGAACUUGAAACCUUCUACUCUUCCCAGAGUAGCGGCUCCAUCCCCUAAGGGGAAUAUUUCUCAGUGCUCACACUUCUAGUCUCCCAUUCAUAUGCAACCAGGGCAGAUCCUGCUUAGCUAAGUGGACAAGUCAUGCUUGCUACCACAAGACCAGCUCUCCUUUCCUAAGUUGUAUGGAAAUCUGUGGGGCUCAUUUUCAACCAAGUAUAUGGCUAUAAUCCUGCGGUUCUGAUGAGCAAGUCGGACGUUGCAUAUGCAGAGGCUUCCCAUUCUCUUCUAGAGCCUGCACAGCUGGGAAUUCCAGGACACAGAUGGAUUGUUCUCGCAUCUAGAUAAGAAAGGCAGUCCCUGCACUCAUGAACUAUGGAGGGCAGAUUUUCAUGCCUUUGUACAAAGAGCUUUUCAGGGGCGGCCCUUUCAUGAGGCAAGGGGAAGCCGUUGCCUCAGGCUGCAGAUUAAUAGGGUACCAGCACGGUGGCAAGCUGCCCCCUGCCAUUGGAGCAGCUCUUCAGGACCAAUUUGGCCCUUGUAAGCUUUGCAAGGAACACUCGGAUAGGUUGUCCGAUGUGACCGUAAAUCCGACUCUAGUCAUGGUUCUGGAUUGUAUACACAUAUGUAUGUAGAAUCCAUGUAGAAUCCCUUUUUAGAAUGGCUGGAGGUCAGGGAUAGAUGUGCAGAGGUCUGGGAUAGGCCAGCAGAUGUGCAGAGGUCUGGGAUAGGGCUAGUGCACGCUAUCCUGUUUCCCCCUCCAUGUGUUCAGCCUAGAUAUGGAGAGAAGGUCUUGACAGGGCUAGUUGCCUCCUUAAAUCAGAGUUCCAAAACAGAAUGGGAGAAGAAGAAAGGGAGGGAGGGAGUGGGGAGGAAGGAAGGAAGGAAGGAAAAGAGAAACUCUUGUGUUCCCUAUCAGAGGUGCACCUAGGUAAUUUUGGAACCUGGACCUAAAGGUCUUUGGAGGGCCCCUCCCUGCAAAUUAAGCAUCAUCAUGCUCUGCCAGGUGACCACACCACCCAGGACAGACUAAGGAGAAUUUGAGGGGCCCCAAGAGCUGUGGAGGCCCUGGACUUUGGCCCCGAAGUCCAGGGGUAGGAGCGCCUCUGUUCCCUGUUUAUGUAUCUGGAUAGCUAUUUCAGAAGAGAAACUGAUCUCUGUCUGUGCUCUGCAAACACUUUCAUGGAAUUGUGUAAAUAAAAUAUUUGAUAUGGGUUCUGUCCCUUGACCUUUAAAAAGUUGUGGAAAGGUUGGCAAAGCCUGUUCAUUGAGCAUUUAUACAUUAUGCAGCAGAACUGUAUAUAUCCUUAGCCCUCUUCACACAUGAUGUUGAGCACUCAUACUCUGAGUGUACAGUGUACACAGCUAUGGUUAUUCACAGGUUACGUUGAACGCCAGUACAUCAAUGCACUUCCCAUUUGUACCCUGCACUUGAGGGGCCUGUACCCAGGUUCCAUUUUAAAAUGUACACAGGUACAGUCAUUCACACAAAACCACAUACGAUCGUACAGGCAUCUGAACACAGGAACAGUAUAAUGUCUGAAUAGCGCUUUGGUGUAAGCACAUGCAGCACUAAUUACACAGCGCAUGAUUAACUUAUGGAAUUCUGCGCAACCGGAUGUGAUAAUGGCCACUAGCUUGGAUGGCUUUAGGCUUGGACAAAUUCAUGGAGGACAGGCCUAUCAAUGGCUACUAGUCUGGUGGCUAUAGGCCACCUCCAGCCUCAGAGGCAGGAUGCCUCUCAAUACUAGUUGCAGGGGUGCAACGGCAGGAGAGGGGGCACACCCUCACCGCCUGCCUGUGGGCUUCUCGGAAGCAUCUGUUGGUCUACUGUGUGAAACGGGAUGCUGGACUAGAUGGGCCUUGGGCCUGACCCAGCAGGGCUAUUCUUAUGUUCUUAUUAAGUCUGAAUAAGGCUUUUGUGUCUGUCCCAAGACUCAGUAUCAUCUAACUGAUGAGUCACCAAUCUCCCGGAAUUAUCAAGAAGACAAAACUCGCUUUGUAAGUAUUUUUAGGUUGCAGAAACCACUAACGUAAGUGACCUUUUGAGCUCUGUAGACACUGGAAAUGCUAGAACUUUCUUUGAUGUUAGAAAUUGGGGUCACCUUCAAUUCAGAAUCUUCUUCCUUUGUGGUAAAUAAGGAUAUAACCUGUAUUCCAGCUCCAUUUUUUAAGGGGCUUGUCGUAAAUUCAGAGUCAUCUUGUAUUUGGGUAAAUACGGUAUCAUAAAUAUGCAGCAGAAGAGAGAACUAGGAAUGAAACUUGAAACUCCUGACACCAAGCUGAAUCAGUUUAUUUUUCUUUUAAAUUUACUAAACUUCUUAAAUAUACAGGCUUUUAAAAAUGGA